UAAUCACCGGCUAAUUGCGGUCCACUAAUGCUUUGGCGCGGCCAUGGCCCAACGCGUAAAUUGAAUGCAGCACGCGUCGGCCGCGCUCAGCUGUCUGGUGCCCAGACAUUGGAAGGACUUGGAGAAGAGUGGCCUUCCGGAGAAAGGCACCUAACCUUGGUCACGGAUUGCAACUCUGCUUGUGAGUUUCUUGUGCGGCAAAGGAAAAAAAGAUAGGCAACCAUAGCGCAAGCUUCACAAUGUUCAUCGGCAUCUGUGGCAGCAUCUGCGCAGGCAAGCGCACCAUUGCGCGCUACCUGGUUGAGCACCAUGAUUUUACCCAGCUUUACUUAAGCCCGGGUUAUCAAGGCGGCGUGGACGGCACCAUAUCCAGGGCGGGUGCCUCGAACGAGGGCAACGGCGACGUGAGCAACUCGCGGGAGCAACAUGUGUUCUCCACUUCGGCCGAACUCCUCGACUUCGUCACCAAGCGCUGGCGCCAGCGGUGGGUGACAACCGACAUCCCUACGGAGAGCGACCUUGAUCUGUACGCCCGCCGUCCCUUCUUCCUCCUCAUCAGCGUCGACGCGCCCUUGACCGUCCGCUGGCGCCGCUUCCAAGCCCGGCAGAGAAGCCUCGCCACCAGUGCCACCACCUCUGAUGCCACCUCCUCUUCCCCAUCUCUCUCAGCCUCCCUCGCCGACGGCGCCGACCCCAGCGCCAUCACAAGCCUCGAAGCCUUCGCCACUCUCUCCGACACGCACCUCUACUCCCCGCUCACCGGCCAGCACCCGCUCCUCUCGCGCGCCACGGUCCGCCUGCUCAACACGUCGCCCUCGCUGGCGCACCUCUACGCGACGCUAGGCAAGCUGGACCUGGCCAACCCGGACCGGCUGCGGCCGUCGUGGGACUCGUACUUCAUGUCGCUCGCGUCGCUGGCCGCGCAGCGCAGCAACUGCAUGAAGCGGCGGGUGGGCUGCGUCGUGGUGCGCGACAAGCGCGUCAUCUCGACGGGCUACAACGGCACGGCGCGGGGCCUGCCCAACUGUGGCGAGGGCGGGUGCGGCCGGUGCAACGCCGCCCGGGAGGGCUCCGGCCACGGCCUGAGCACGUGCCUGUGCCUGCACGCGGAGGAGAACGCGCUGCUGGAGGCCGGCCGCGAGAGGGUGCGCGAGGGCGCCGUGCUGUACUGCGACACCUGCCCGUGCCUGACCUGCAGCAUCAAGAUCGUGCAGGUCGGCAUCACCGAGGUCGUGUACAGCCAGGGGUAUAGCAUGGAUCGGGAGACGGCCGAGGUGUUUCGGCAGGCGGGCGUGCGGCUGAGGCAGUUCGUGCCGCCCGCCAACGGUCUGAUCUACCUCGAGAAGCCAGAGAUGUGUACAUAGAGAUAGAUAUCCAGCUAUUCUUCCUGGUUUCCGUCCUGAUACUCCGACUUGAUACCCCCCAGCCGUAGCACGUGCUUCUGCGUACUACUUCAGGUGUGAUUGCUCCAUUUUAUACGCACCGGACGAGACCAAACCACAAUCCCUCUCGGGUUAUGGUUCACCCCUCUGUUCGCUCUUCCACGAGAGUUACGCCUAGCAUUUGUCUGCCCUUGCUCUUCUCACGCCGUAUAUAGGUGAGGCAUCGGCAACUUCGU